AUGUCUACAUCGGCUAAAAGGGUCUAUUACUAUAAAGUCGGAUAUGAAACAAGGAAGAAAAACGUUGUGGAAUUAUGCAAAUUAGGAGUUAAAAGCAUCCUCAGUAAAGCAGCCCUUGGAUCAAUUGAUGAUAGUAGCACAGAAUUACAAAAUUUUUGUGUCGCAGUGGAACAGAUGUUAACACUAGGACUAAAAGGUGUUAAACCUUGGGCAAUGCACGAUACCAGCAUUACAUUUUGGAAUUAUAUAAGAGAUGCAUGUAAGGGAAUACCGCAAAAUUGUAUUGCUAGUAUCUCACAAAUGUCCAAUCCAAAAACACCGAAAGGAAAGGUAAGGGCUUGGAUUAGAAUGGCACUGAUGGAGAAAAGAUUAUCAGAAUACUUAGCAACAGCUGUACAAAAUAAUUAUCUAACGAGGUUACACUACCACGAUGAUGCAAUAAUACUAACUGAAGAUGGUACCGUACUUAUUGGCUAUUUUAACUCAUUGAAAACUGUUGAUUUUACCUUAUUCCUUAAGAAUACAGACUUAGAUUUGCAAAAUACAUUAGAGAUCAAUUAUAUUCCAUAUUUAACCUUCAAGGAAAAUUCAAAUUCUGGAGCCUCCAACGAUUAUGAAAGAGUUACUCUUUCUGCACAAGUUACUACUGUGUCCGAAAGUGAGGGUAAGAAACAAUCGGAUGUCAUAGAGAAACAGUUGAAAGCCAAAUUGGAUGAUUUAGAGAAGAAAUAUCUGAGAAUGUCAGAGCAAAAGAACUAUUUAGAGGAAAUAUUGAGACAGAAAGAUAGUAAAAUUAAGGAAGCUGUAUCACAACAAGUGAGGUUAAUGGAUAGAUUAACCACCAUAGAGAAGAAAGCAACGGAAGAAAAGCGAGAAAUGGAAGAAUUAAUUGAUGAAUUGCAAGAGGAAUUGAACUAUUAUAAAAACCUUACUGGAAAUAACGUUUCUAGACAAAGCAUACCGCAGCAAAUAAGCGGGGAAUAUCACGCAGAUGUCUACAAUCCUCAACCUCAACAACCUCCUUAUACGCAAGAUUAUCGAAUUCCACCGGCAGAAGAGUUGCAAGACUAUAACCAAAAUGAUAACUAUUCGGAAGAUUCAUUUCAAAUGAAUCAACAUAACUAUUCGUCGAAGGAAAGUUUGAAUGAACUAGAUCAUAAUCAGCUUGAUAAUCAAGUUUCAACAAAUAAUCCUCCAAAUGAAACUGAAACGCAUCACAUUACUGAUGAUGUUACAGCUUCAACGAAUAAUCCUCCAAAUGAAACUGAAACGCAUCACGUUACUGAUGAUGUUAUAGUUUCAACGAAUAAUCCCCCAAGUGAAACUGAAACACAUCACGUUACUGAUGAUACGCCAGAAAAAGAAUCAAAUCGUAAUGAUAAUGAAAGUGAACAUAAUGCUUAA